UCUACGAAAAAAUGAAAAAAAUGUUCAAGAUAUGAAAAUGAAAAAACUUCCAUCUAUAUCCGUUUUACCACUUUUGUGGAAUAGUUUAUUUCUUUCACGUGACAGAGAAUACUACAAAUGGAACGGAGGCAUAAUUACUUCAAAUCUACUGCUUGGACUCUCUACAUUAUAUCCAAAAGAGAAAGUUGUAUGCAUGAACAUAUUUGGAUAUAAAAUGAUUUUUUUCAUACAUCCGGAAACUGCAAAGGAAGUUCUAAAAAGCAACAGUUUUAUCAAUAAAGAUGCUACUUACGAUUUCUUUAUACCAGUGUUUGGAAAAAAUAGUUUUUUGUACAGUCCUGAUGAUAAUUGGAGAAAAAGAAGAAGAUAUUUAGCUCCAUAUUUUCAUCUUUGGAAUCUGAAAAAUCAUCAAAAUGUGUUCAUGGAGCAUUCAAAUUUCUUAGUCGAGAGGCUAAAAAAACUGCAGCAAAAUGAAAUUUUUAAUGUCUUGAAAUGGAUGAAAUGUUGCACUUUGGACAUAGCUGCAGAUGUACUAUUAGGAAUUUCUCUAAUGUCUCAAUCUGAAAAUUAUGAAGAAUACAUCAUUGCAUUGAACAGAUUUAUGGGAUAUUAUCCUGUAUGGCUAUUGAAUCCAUUGCAUUGGUUUUCUUUAAUUUUCGCCAAGACUAGAACGGGAAGGAAUUUCAAAAGAUACAUUGAAAUAAUUCAUCAAUUUGACGAAAAGGUGUUCAAGAGAAUAAAAGAAAAUUUCGUGAAAAGACAGCUACUACACUUAGAAGAUAAUGCACAUAGUGUAAAAGAGCCGAACAUAAAACCAAAGCCUUUCAUAGAUUUACUGUUCGAUCUUUAUAUGAAUCAAGGUUUAUUAUUGGAAAAAGACAUUAUCAAGGAGAUGGAAUUCUUCAUGUUUGCAGUACGUAUAAUUCGUUAA